CAAACAAUUUGACAGCUGUCAUUUCAUUUAUUCCAAUUUUUGUAAUUGUAUAUUUAUCCAAUUGAAAAUAAUGAAAUGCAACUCAAUGUUUUUUCAACAAUUCUAUACUUAAUCAUUAUCCAUGAGUCUUUCUCCUUAAAGAAGUUGAUGAAACCAAGUUUCAUCCCAUACUGCACGACAAGAGACAAAUGUCUACCAGCAUGCUCCUGUGAGAUCCUACCAGAAUGUGAAGUUUUGUCAAUGGAUAAUAGUACCAGAGAGUCUAUCUUGUUCUACCAUAACCAGAUUCGAGAUAUACAGAGCAAAGCUGAGCCGCAACCAGGUGGUAUUACGAUGCUUAAAUACGAUCUAGAACUUGAAGAAGUGUCAAAAUGUUGGGCUGCCAGAUGUGAAGAUGAAUAUUCUGAAUGUUUCCUGACUUCUUUAUAUCCCGAAACCUCAAUGUCAGUCACUCAAAUCCAGUUGGACUCUGGUGAAGCUCCCUCAAAUAUUUUGUGGAUAAAAGUGAUAAAUUUCUGGCUUGGUAACACGAAAUAUUUGUCUGUUGAAACAAUAAACAGUUUGCCAGCAGGCGAGACGGGUGAAAACUUAAGGAACUACGCUCAGGUGAUGAGUGAUAAAGUUUUAUCUGUCGGAUGUGCUUGGAGUAAAUCUGAUGUAUUCUUGACAUGCGUAUGCUCUUACGGUCCACGGGGUCCUCUACAAGGUGAACCUAUUUAUAAAGCAGGGACACCAUGUUCUCUAUGUCCUGAAGGUUACGCAUGCGAUUAUGCCAAGCCUUUUGAGAAUUUGUGUAAACAAGUUGAGCUGCCCACUACUUCAGAAGCAGAGUUACCUCCAACUCCUCCUACACCUCCUGCUAUGCCACCUUCUGUUAAACCACAGAUUAGACAUGAUAUGGGGAUAUCUCCAUAUUAUCCUCCACCUCGGCGAUAUGAUAAUCUUCCAGACGUAGCAGAACCAUUGUACGAAAGAAAGGAGAAGGCAAUGAAAAUUGAAUAUGAGCCGCAACAGCAGCCUUCUGGUGUUGAACUCAUAUCGGAAUAUCAACCACAAGAAUUAGAAGCCGUUCCUCAGCAUUUGGAUUCCAGGGAUCCAUUUUAUUCAAUUGAAAAAAUACCUCCACGCUUGCCAGUCCCCAAGUUUUUGGAAGAUCUGACUCCACCACCUAGUGUACCUCCUAUGCCCCAGUAUCCUACUCCAGCCAUACUACCAUUGGUACCAUCGGUACCAUCGGUAGAACCAAAUACGCCAGCUCCACCACCACCCCUUUUGAUGCCAGAGUUGUCGAACACAAAACCACCACAACCUCCACCACUGCCUCAUUCGCCUUCAACGGAAGAGAACAGUUUUUCUCCUAUACUUACGACAAUAGCGAUAUCACCGCAUUCGUUACCGAAGCUUCCUGAUCCUCCAGGGGUAUCAAUAAAUACCAUACCACCAAAUGCUCCUUUAAAACAGGGUGAAGGGGUAACGGGAAGUAGACUUGAAAUUCCAAAAGAGAGAAAGCCGAGGUCGUGUUCUAAUAAAACCAUGUUAGCAAAUAUGAUGAUAAUCAUAUCCUUCUUCAUUUCAUUCUCUGGUACAUGACCUAAUGGGAUAUAUUUAGACUAUAUAAGAGUAUUGCUGAUAUGGAUCUAUUGAUCACGAAUAAAAUUUGAAUCGAA